AAUCAGGAAGCUAUCGGGAGCGCCGUAGCCGCAUACACAGAUGAUAUGCACGAACACUACCAUCUCUGUAAUUCGAGAUAAAAAGUUCUUCCUCGCACUUCUUAACAAGGCUACUACACUCCCCCAACUCCUCCAAAUCCAAGCACAGUUAAUCCUCCACGGCAUUCACUAUGAUCUGUCUUCGAUCACCAAGCUUACCCACAAGUUCUUCGAUCUCGGGGCCGUUCGCCAUGUGCGCCAACUCUUCGCCAAUGUCUCCAGACCCGAUCUAUUCAUGUUUAAUGUCCUUAUUAGAGGCUUCUCCGACAAUAAUUUGCCUAAAUCUUCGAUCUCUGUCUAUACCCAUUUGAGAAAAUGGACUAAUCUUAGGCCAGACAAUUUCACCUAUGCAUUUGCUAUUUCAGCUGCUUCGAAGUUUGAGGAUGAGAGGCUUGGCGUCUUGAUGCACGCGCAUUCGAUUGUUGAUGGGGUGGCAUCGAACUUGUUUGUUGGGUCUGCAAUUGUUGAUUUGUACUUUAGAUUUACGCGCGCCGACCUGGCGCGUAAGGUGUUUGAUGCAAUGCCUGAGAGGGAUACGGUUCUAUGGAACACGAUGAUAUCUGGGUUUUCCAGGAAUUCGUAUUUUGAGGACUCGAUACGUGUUUUUGUGGACAUGCUCGAUGUUGGGCUGCCAUUUGAUUCUACAACUUUGGCUGCUGUGCUUACAGCAGUGGCGGAGUUGCAGGAGUAUAGACUAGGGAUGAGUAUUCAAUGUUUGGCUUCAAAAAAAGGGCUCCAUUCUGAUGUUUAUGUGCUUACGGGUUUGAUAUCAUUGUUUUCAAAAUGUGGGGAGAGUGACAAAGCAAGGUUGUUGUUUGAUCAGAUUGAUCAGCCGGAUUUGAUAUCUUAUAACGCAAUGAUUUCUGGUUAUACUUUCAAUCAUGAAACUGGAUCGGCAGUGACACUCUUCAGGGAAUUGCUUGCUUCCGGACAGGGUGUUAGUUCAAGCACAUUGGUGGGCUUAAUUCCAGUAUUUUCGCCCUUCAGCCAUCUGCAACUAACUCGCUCGAUUCAAACUUUAAGCAUAAAGAUUGGCAUUAUUUCGAAACCUUCUGUAUCAACUGCACUUACUACUGUUUAUUGUCGACUAAAUGAAAUUCAAUAUGCAAGGCAGCUGUUUGAUGAAUCUCCGGAGAAAAGUUUGGCUUCCUGGAACGCGAUGAUAUCAGGGUAUACUCAAAAUGGGUUGACAGAGAGUGCAAUUUCUCUGUUUCAGGAAAUGAUGCCUCAACUCAGUCCAAAUCCUGUCACCGUUACCAGUAUACUUUCGGCUUGUGCUCAACUUGGAGCUCUAAGUCUUGGCAAAUGGGUUCAUGGUUUGAUUAAGAGUGAAAAACUUGAAUCGAACAUAUAUGUCACAACCGCUUUAGUUGAUAUGUAUGCAAAAUGUGGUAGCGUUGUGGAGGCUCGUCAGUUAUUUGACUUGACGGCAGAAAAGAAUGCGGUAACUUGGAAUGCCAUGAUAACUGGUUAUGGUCUCCAUGGAUAUGGCAAUGAAGCUCUAAACCUCUUUAAUAAAAUGUUGCAAUCUGGGAUUCCACCGACAGGUGUUACUUUUCUCUCUAUCUUGUAUGCUUGCAGUCACUCCGGCUUGGUGAGAGAGGGAAAUGAGAUUUUCCACUCUAUGGUUAACAAUUUUGGUUUUCAGCCCAUGAGUGAGCACUACGCUUGCAUGGUUGACAUAUUUGGGAGAGCUGGGCAGCUAACGAAUGCCUUGGAGUUCAUAGAAAGAAUGCCACUCGAACCUGGCCCUGCUGUUUGGGGUGCACUGCUUGGCGCUUGUAUGAUUCACAAGAAUACAGACAUAGCACAUGUUGCUUCUGAAAGACUUUUUCAACUGGACCCAGAGAAUGUAGGAUACUAUGUUCUGCUUUCUAAUAUAUAUUCUACUGACAGGAACUUCCCCAAAGCUGCUUCAGUACGACAAGUUGUUAAGAAGAGAAAUCUGGCAAAGACACCUGGUUGCACUCUAAUUGAGAUUGAUGAUCAACAACAUGUGUUCACAUCUGGAGAUCGGUCCCAUCCUCGGGCCACGGCCAUUUAUGCCAUGCUAGAGAAGUUAAUAGGGAAGAUGAGAGAAGCUGGAUAUCAGGCAGAAACUGUUACUACUGCUUUGCAUGAUGUAGAGGAUGAAGAGAAGGAGUUGAUGGUGAAUGUCCACAGUGAAAAAUUAGCAAUUGCUUUUGGGCUUAUUUCAACUGAGCCUGGAACUGAAAUUAGGAUUAUUAAGAACCUCCGAGUUUGUUUAGACUGCCAUACUGCAACUAAGUUUAUAUCCAAGAUCACUGAGAGAGUGAUUGUGGUUAGGGAUGCCAACAGAUUUCAUCAUUUCAAAGAUGGUCUUUGUUCAUGUGGAGACUACUGGUGAAAUAACACCCCCGUGGUAGUUAAGAUUAAAGUAGUUAAUUAAUUAUAGGUAUUAUGAUUGUUUUCCAAAGAAGGUUAAGUAAAUUUAGGAGAGUCAUUUGAUAUGUAAUGAUCUGCUGUGGCAGAUUGGUAGAAACAUAUGAGAUAGCAACUUAACCCCUUUAUCAGAUUUCCAUCCA